AUCGAGGAAUCUUGGAACGCAGCAUCCGCCUCUGCCCUCGUCGAUUGUUGUUGCUCAUUGCCACCCACCAUGGCCGACCUCCCCGCCAUCUCCCUCGCCAUCGGCGGCGGCAAGACAUGGGACGACCGCGAGCUUGUCAACGCCUACGAUGCUGCCCUCCUAGAGUUCCAUAUUCAUAAUCCCGGUCCUGGCUCGUGGCUCGACAAGGCGACUGCGGCGCUCGCAAAGGGCCAACCAUUACCCGGGGCGGCGGACUUUGGCACUGCAUGGUACUCUGCAUCUAAGGAGGAAGAAGCCGAGGCGGAGAGGGAGGAAGAGAAGGAGCCGCCGAAGAAAAAGGCGAAGAAGACCAAGAAGAAGAACCCGUACAGCAAGGCUGUACCCGUUCCCGCGAGUCCGACGUACCAGCCCGUGUCGCCUGGCGGGCAGUACGACGCCGUCGAGUGGCCGCCCGCUGCGGCAGAGGCCGAGGGGGAGGAGGAAGAAGACGGGGACGAGGACUACGAUGAGGACAGAGAUGAGUGGCAGGGAUAUGACGGGCACGGCGCCGACGAGGUCGGGCAGGUUUUUCCCGCUCCCGCUGGGCAGUGGCCAAGUGGCAGCAGCGUUGGCCGCGACGAGGCGAUCGGGUACGCCCUCCAUGCGCAAUAUUGGGCGGGCUACUGGAUGGGUAUUGCUGCAGCUGGGGGAGCAGCUGGCGCAAACACCAGUGGCGCCGAGGGCAGCCAUGCUCCUGGGAUAUCAUCGAGGUCGCACGGCAAGGAUCGCUCGUCGCCCAACGGGCUGAGGCGCUAAGAGAGUCCGGCUGGGAACAAUAUACGCCUGCGGACGAGAUAAAACACCAGCAACGCUGGUUCUGUAUAGUAGCCACGUCCUAUGUAUGCAUGCUCUAUAUCAUCGGAAGAAGCGG